AACCUUGACAACUUUGCUUAGUUUGAAUACACUUCGAAAUGAUUAUUGUUUUCUGAAUUUUUAAGUGUCGUUAUGCAUGCUGUAGAGUCGAUAAUCGUUUCUCCGAGAUACACAAAAAACAUUUCAAACGAAAGUGAACUGUAUUUCAAUUCUAAUUGUCAGAGGAAUAAGUAUCCAGCUAUCUCUAAAUGUCGUGAUCAAUAUUACGCAGAUAGAGUUAGUUAUAUUUCCUAUUCCCCUCAUCAGCGUAACAACAGGAACUUGAGUCGCACGAACGUUACUUCAGUCAGUCGACGCAACACACAAGUAUAUGACGACUCAUCUUUAUUAUGUAAUCCACGUAGUUUCGUUAACUCUGACUUAUCUUUUUCUUGUAAUCAUCCACAAAGAGGAAAUUCUUUCAACUGUUCUCAAAAUUAUGGAGGUUACCCACUGUCUGGAAGGCCAAGAAUAUCUAACCAAACUUCAAAAAGUUAUUUAAGUCCCUCCAUUUUAAAUUUGAGCAGUGGAACCUGUAACAGGUCACUUCGCGAUUUGCGCAAAUCUCCGGAAAGACAUGUUAGUACCAGUAGAUACCCUUAUUUCACGAAUAAAUCACCGAAAGCGAGAAAUGACUUCAAGCCGUUUACGUACUUGAAAAACAUCGAAAGAGAUCAUGAUAUUCAAAGACAGUACUUAUUUGGAAGUGUAAAACCUCGUGACUGUGGAAUCGAAUACGAUCUUUUAUCAUCACAGCCCUUGGAAAUGAAUCAAUACACCCUUCCUUUAGAAUCGACUAAGGGAGGAAGUUUAAUGCUAGAGAAUAAAAAGGAAUUCAGUCUGAAUACAUUUAAUCCAACUGAUCGUGAUUCUUCCUCUGUUAUUCAUGUCAGACCUCAUCGUAUGCGAAAAACUAUUGACAUAAAACUGAAUGACAAAACUCUUGAAGAUCCUUCAUAUAAGCGUCUGUCGAAAUGUCUCCAGUCAAAACCUAGGACAUCAUAUGAUGGUUCUUGUUGUAUGUCAGGUACUCUUGCCGUCACUUUGUAUGGAUCUAAACUCACAGAAUACGAACGUAAUGAAAUUCAAGAUUAUGCUGAGGUAUAUUUCCUAGGGCUUAAUGCCCCCAAAAGACAUCCACUUGGAAACUCCAUCAGUGAUGCGUCAUACAAGAGAAGUAGCAUUAUUUCGAUUAGUAAUAUGACUGGGUUCGAUGAUGCACAAAGCAGUUAUAUUCUCGUCCCUAAUGAUCAUUUAGCUUAUCGAUAUGAAGUUCUCAAACCCCUGGGUAAAGGAAGCUUUGGUCAUGUUGUCCACGCAGUUGAUCAUUGUACAAAGAAGCAAGUUGCAAUAAAAAUUGUCAAGAGUGAAGCUAGAUUUACUAGACAAGCUGUUGAGGAGAUUCGCAUUCUCAAAGCCCUCAACGGGCAACAAAAUGAUGGAGAGUUUAAUGUUGUACACUUAGUGGAUCACUUCAUAUUUCGAGGUCAUGUGUGCAUGGUGUUUGAAUUACUUUACAUAAAUUUAUAUGAACUCAUCUGCCGUAACAAUUUUAAAGGAUUUUCUCAGUCUUUAGUGAGAAAACUUACUUAUGGUAUACUAUGUUGUCUUGAACUUCUAUAUCGGAAUAAAGUGAUUCAUUGUGAUUUGAAACCGGAAAACAUUUUAUUACGACGUCCAGGAAAAAGCAAAAUCAAAGUAAUCGAUUUUGGAUCAAGUUGUUAUAUUAAUGAGUGUCCAUAUAACUACAUACAGUCACGCUUUUAUCGUGCACCUGAAAUCAUUCUUGGCUUACCAUAUGGUACUCCGAUUGAUAUGUGGAGCUUAGGAUGCAUUCUAGCUGAAUUUAUAACUGGAGAACCAUUGUUUCCAGGUGAAGAUGCGUUCGACCAAUUAGCUUGUAUUAUGGAAAUCUUGGGGAUACCGCCGAUGCAAAUGAUUAAGAAAGGCAGUCAAAGUCAUCAUUAUUUCAAUAGUAAUGGUCAACCUUUAUAUAUGAUUGAACAACAAAAACACACCUAUGGAAAUGAACAGUCAGAUAAUACAAAAGAAGCUUUAACCAAUCUUAACAAAUCUUUAAAUUCUUCAUCAACUAAACAUAAACGUUCUGGUAGUGGUAAAAGUCAAAAGUUAAGAAAAUCACCUGGCUCUAUGACUUUAGUUGAUGCCUUGACUAGUUCGAAAAACUCUUCCGUUUGCCUACCAUCAAGCGAUAAAUCAAAUAUUGGACAUAAAAUUCCACAACCAUUUGACCCAGAUAUGGUAGAUUUUCUAGAACGUUGUUUAAAAUGGAGUCCAGAUGAAAGAAUGAAUCCAAUUGAAGCAUUGGAUCAUCCAUGGAUUAAAAAAAUGUCAUCACAGAGUUUUGGAAGAACAGAUAGUUUUCUAACAACUUGUAAUUCAAAUGGUAAUACAGAUUCCAAUUAUUUAUACAGUAAUGAUAAUAUAUUUACUAAUGGAACAACUAAACACGUAUCUGAUACAGAAUUUGUUGCCAGUAUUUUAGGCGUACGUACACGAAAACGUGAUCCCAAUUUACUGCACGUUUCCAGAAAGUCAGAAGCUCACAGUAUAUCCAUAUAAUUCAUUAUUGCAGUAGGAUAAGAUCGAACACUUAUUGUUGAACUCUCUAUUUUCAAUUCAUUCUCGUUUAAGCAACGAAAUCAGUCAACGUUAAUUGCGCCGAAGUUUGAGGCAAUGUAAUAUAGAGAAUAACAAAUAACAUUUUUUGUCCACAACGUUUCUUCACAUUUUUGUAACUAACGGUAAGAAAUUUUAACAGGAGCAAUGUUUGAAGCACUGCAAAGUACCUCAGCAAUUUAACAAGAGCAAAAUAUACAUUCCAACUAGCCGUGGAAAGAAUCCAGACCAUAAAUAACGAUUAACAAGGUUCAUGUCCAACAGCAAAAUUGAAAAUCAAGAAAGUAACUUUCAUUAACAGUUAAAAACAUGAUUCCCCAAAAAUAUGGAAACUGACCACAGCGAGAUAAACAAUGGAACAUGUUUUUCAUUUCAUAAAACCAAUACACCAACGUUAUAAACUCAGUUAUUGAUACAAGUUUAGCAAAUACAGAGACCACAAUCUGUGAUGAAACUACAAAUCAAACAAAACAAAACGCAGAACGAAAUACAGUAUCCAUGAUGACCUACAGUAAUGAAAAAACUGGCUCCCAUUCCGCCUUCAGAGUAUUGAUAUGAUCGGUUGCUAUGAUGAAUGGCGGGAACAUGCAAUAUAAUUCCACUCCAAAAAGCUAAAUGUGAAAAUUUAAGAUUGCUGGUCGGUAAACUAGUUUAUAAAGUGUAGUAGGAAUGACAAACUGUAUAAACGACUUUAUUAAGGUAAUCAUAUACUAGUGUGUUACACGUUCAAUAUAAGAAUUUAAAUGUUCACUGACGAUGGUCAAAGGAAUGCCAACGAUCGUUUGCCAGAGUACAAAACAUAGUUCAAAACAUAGUCCACUGUAUCCCUGAAUUAGAAAUUGCGGUAGCAGCGGACAACUCAAAUUAUGGCAUUGAAGCGACUAUUUCACAUGUGUUUCCCGAUAGUACAGAGAAUGCCAUUUGUCGUGCUUUACAGAUACUAACUCCGGCAGACGUAAUUGUAGUUGAAUCGAGAAGGAAGUACUUGCACUAGUUUCACAAAAUGCUUCAUGCUCGGCGUUUCACACCGCUUACAGACCAUAAACCACUUGUAGAGAUUAAAAAAGAAAUUGCAGUUUACACAGCAAAGCUCCUCAAAAGAUGGAUUAUCACCUUACUGGGCUAUAAUGUCCAUAUCGAGGAUAAAUCUACAAGUUCUUUUCGUUAUAUCUAAUUAUCUUUGAAAAUUAGUCUUGAAACUUAUACACCCGUCCUGUCUUACCAUGAGUCGCACAAAAUCAAUAACCCGUGCUUAUGUAUACGGGCUAAAUGUCGAUGAAGAUAUUAGAGAAAUGGCAGAACGAUGUAACUAUUGUGCACAGCCAUCUGAACUACCCAUUAAAGAUCAACCUCAACCAUGAUCAGCAUAGGCAGGACCUUAGUCAAGCCCUCACAUAGAUUUUGCCGUAACGUCUCAGGGUAGGCAAUUCCUGAUGCAUUUUUAGAAUGGCCAGAAGUCUUCGUAAUGGUCAGUUUGCCUACCAGUGCCACGAUGCAAAAAUUUACAGAAGUAUUUAAUUGUUUCAAUCUACUAUAUACUAUUGUUUCUGAUAAUGGAAUACAGUUCACUUCAAUCUAGUUUGAUAAAUUCUGCAGAAAAAACAGUAUGAAUUAUGUUAAGUCUACUCCAUAACACCAAUCAAAUGGUCAGACGGAUAGUUUUGUUGAUUCAUUAAAAAGGACUAUUUAAAAAGAAGAGGUAGGGACGGUAGGCGAAAUGAUACAAAGGUUCUUGCAAAGUUAUUGUUCAACAUUGUAUCCAGUAACAGUGGAUGGAUUAUGGUUAGCAGCAAAUAUGUUUGGGAGGAUCUGAUAGAAAGAUUGAAAAAAAUGAAAAUAAAGAAGCCACAGUCCAAAAGUUUUCAUUCAGGUGAAGCAGUUUGGAUGUGGGUUUUCCGCGAUUCCAUACCACAACGGGCAAGUGGAACAAUAGAAAUAAAAACACUAACAGUUAUGUAUGAAUUGAAAGUAGGAGAAUUCAUAUGAAUGGGUCGCAGUAAUCAUAUUUUUAAAAAACGAGACUGUAAAAACGUUGCACCUACUCAAGAGUUGGGAAACUUGCCAGGAGAUAUGUUAGUAGACAAUCUAUAUAAUGAAAACUAACGGGAUCCUUGGGCACAAGCACUCGACCAGCUGAGAAGAUCCCACAGGGUGCGAAUAAAAACAACAACCUGUCGAAUGAACUCUCUACAGAAAUCGUACUCCUACAUAUUCAAUUAAAAAACGGGAGGUGAUAAAAUGGGAUGAGAAGACGAUAUCACAUUUUUUGAUUCAUUGUGAUUCAUGCCCAACAUUACUUCCGUUUUUAAUUGCAUAUGAUGAUUAUUCAUAGUAAUAUCUGUUUUUGGUCUCCAGUGUUAUAUUUUAUUUGGUAUAAUAUUAAUUUAUUUGAGUAUGAUGUUAUUUCAACAUACAAUAUUCUUGUAUAAAAUUAACGUGAACUACAUUCAUUAUGAUAACAUACGAUUUUGUUGUAACUCUGGAAAUCUUUUAUAUAAGGUUUUUUAAAUUCUAAUUAAUAAUCAAAAUAAGUGUCCAAUCGAUAUAUUGAAUGUAUUUUCAACCAGGAUUGUCGUAUUUUUGGAUUUAAUAAAUCUUCACUUGUACC